UUGGGGAGGGAUGAUGAAGCUAAGAUGGCAGCCCAACUGAGGGUGCUGCCUCUCCAGGGUCAAGAAAUAUCCAAGGAACGAAUGAAAAUGAAACUGAAGACGGUUGAAUGCUGUAAUUUCUGCUGUUUCAAAAGAAGAAUCGUAAUGGCUUGAGCAUUAAAAUCCCGGGAGAUAAGGACCGUGUUGACGCCGGAUCGGGAGACCAUCUAGAACAGUUGCACCACCGGAGUGGCCACAAUUUACGCUGAUUAUUAUUGGAGAUACUGGAUGCUAAUCUUGCCGUUUCUGCAUUUUGUUGUGGACAUAUGACGCGACGCGUGGCGGAUUCAAUGACAAAUGGAUUGUAACUGUCGGCUAGUUAUUGUCUAGCUGUUAUAUCUUUGAUGUGAUAUAUGCAUUGUUCUCCAAAACGAUGAUGUGUGCUGCUGCGGCAGCGGCCGCCGGUGGAGGGAUUCUGCCCUCCUCAUCGCCGUCGAUGGGGCUGGGUGUCAGGGUCAUUUCUGGAGCUGGAGCCGAAUUCGCAACCUUCGGUUCGGGUAUGAGUUCGUGUCCGACACCCGGAGCCCAGUCGGAUUGUCGGAGUCGGUACCAGCUUUUACUCUCAGGGCGAGCUUUGGCGGAACGAUACAGAAGGAUUUAUACCACAGCUAUCAAUGACAAAGAGCAGGGGAUAAAUCAAGGGAGGGGGAAGAAGGCUUUGAGUAAGAAGAAACUGAAAAGACGACAAAAGAUCAAGUCAAAAGUCAAAGCAAGAACAAAGAAUGAGACUCUGGAUGGAGCCUUCUGCGUGCCGGACAUCAAGCUGCACAGCAACCCAUCUGCGUUCAACGUCUACUGCAACGUGCGGCACUGUGUGCUGGACUGGCAGCAGAGAGAGGCCUCCCUGGCGCUGGCCUCCAGGAGCUCCGUGCAGAGCGGAGAUUCAGACAGCGAGGAAGAGGAGGAGUACCGCGAGCCAGCCAUCAAGCUGCCCAAGAUCAUCGGUAUUGGCCUGUGUGGGGUGUUCGAGCUGAUAAAGGAGACGCGGUUCUCCCACCCCUCAUUGUGCCUGCGCAGCCUGCAGGCCCUGCUGGACAUGUUGCAGGGACAACAACCUGAAAGCUUUCAGACUGAGCCUCCUGAUGUGUUAGAGUCUCUGUUCCAGUUGCUGCUGGAGACCACGGUGCGGAGCACGGGGCCCAAUGACCCCACCGGCCAGGCGCUCACCGCCCUGUCUUGUGCCUGUCUCUUCAGCCUGGUGGUGUCCUGGGGAGACACAGGCAAAACCCUGCAGGCCGUCUCUGCCAUCCUCACCAACAAUGGCAGCCAUGCCUGCCAGACAAUACAGGUGCCCACCAUCUUGAAUGCACUACAGAGGAGCGUACAGGCUGUCCUGGUAGGAAAAAUCCAGAUCCAGGAUUGGUUUGGAAACGGCAUCAAACGGGCAGCCUUGAUGAACAAAUGGGUGCUGAAGGAGGUGGUCAUUGACGAGGACGAGCGCUGUCUGCUGCAGACAGACGGCUCCUUCCUCUACCUGCUCUGCAAGGAUGGACUCUACAAAGUGGGCUCUGGAUACAGCGGCACUGUCAGGGGCCAUGUGUACAACUCCACGUCUCGCAUCAGGAAUAGGAAGGAGAAGAGAUCGUGGUUGGGCUUCGCUCAGGGGUACUUGUUGUAUCGAGACACAAGCAACCACAGUAUGUCAGCCAUCAAGAUCAACCCAGAGACUCUGGAGCACGAGGGGACGGUCACCAUGCCAGGUCAGCACUCAGACGGACAGAGCAUCAUCUUCACAGAUGGAGAGUACAUCAACCAGAUCGCAGCCUGCAAAGACGAUGGUUUCGUAGUGCGGAUCUACGCUACAGGCUCAGACCCGGCCCUGCAGCAGGAACUGCAGCUGAAGCUGGCAAGGAAAUGUUUGCACGCCUGCGGCAUCUCUCUGUUUGACCUGGAGAAGGAUUUGCACAUCAUCAGCACAGGCUUUGACGAAGAGGCAGCUUUGCUUGGAGCAGGCAGGGAGUUUGCUCUGAUGAAAACUGCCUCUGGAAAGAUCUACUACACAGGAAAGUACCAGAGCUUGGGCAUAAAGCAGGGUGGCCCAUCGGCAGGUAAAUGGGUGGAGCUGCCUGUCACCAAAUCUCCCAAGAUCAUCCAGUUCUCAGUGGGCCAUGAUGGCUCUCAUGCGCUGCUAGUAGCUGAGGAUGGCAGUGUGUUCUUUACGGGUUCUGCCAGCAAGGGAGAAGAUGGAGAGUCCACCAAGAGUCGCAGACAGCCAAAGCCCUACAAGCCUAAGAAGAUGAUCAAGCUGGAGACCAAGACGGCAGUGUACACCGCCUGCAACAAUGGUAGCAGCAGCAUCGUCACUAAGGAUGGAGAGCUUUACAUGUUUGGCAAAGAUGCCAUCUACAGUGACAGCACCUGCCAGGUGACAGACCUGAAAGGUCACUUUGUAACUCAGGUUGCCAUGGGAAAGGCUCACACUUGUGUCCUGACCAAGAGUGGAGAAGUGUGGACUUUUGGGGUCAACAACAAGGGCCAGUGUGGUCGAGACACUGGAGCCAUGAGCCAGGCAGGGAAAGCGUUUGGGGUGGAGAGCAUGGCCACAGCCAUGGACGAGGACCUGGAAGAUGAACUGGAGGAGAAGGAGGAGAAGAGCAUGAUGUGCCAGCCAGGCAUGCACAAGUGGAAGCUGGACCAGUGCAUGGUCUGCACAGUGUGUGGGGACUGCACCGGCUACGGUGCCAGCUGUGUCAGCAGUGGGCGGCCAGACAGAGUACCAGGAGGUAUCUGUGGCUGUGGUUCUGGGGAAUCCGGCUGCUCAGCGUGUGGCUGCUGUAAGGCCUGUGCCAGGGAGCUGGAUGGCCAGGAGGCCAGGCAGAGGGGCAUCUUUGAUGCUGUAAAGGAGAUGAUUCCCCUGGACCUGCUGCUAGCUGUGCCUGUCCCUCCCCCUCCAGGAGUUAACAUUGAGGAGCACAUUCAGAUCCGCCAGGAGGAGAAACGGCAGAGGAUCAACCGCCGGCACAGGCUGGAGGAGGGUCGAGGCCCCCUUGUUUUCCCCGGCCCCAUAUUUAUGAACCAGCGUGAGCAGGCCCUAGCCAGAAUAAGACCCCUUCAGGCCCUAAGGCAUAAACGGGACAAGCACAAAGAUGGUAGCAGUGAGCGGGGAGAGAAGGAUGCCAGUAAAAUCACCACCUACCCUCCAGGGGCGGUGAGGUUUGACUGUGAGAUGCGGGCCGUGCAGGUCAGCUGUGGCUUUCACCAUUCCGUGGUGCUGAUGGAGAAUGGAGAUGUAUACACAUUUGGUUAUGGCCAACAUGGGCAGCUUGGACACGGAGAUGUCAACUCCAGGGGUUCUCCAACCCUGGUGCAAGCCCUGCCGAGCCCCAGUGUUCAGGUGACCGCAGGCAGUAACCACACAGCUGUGCUCCUCAUGGACGGGCAGGUCUUCACCUUCGGCAGCUUCUCGAAAGGGCAGCUGGGCCGGCCCAUCCUGGACAUGCCCUACUGGAACACAAAGCCAUCUCCCAUGCCCAACAUUGGUGCCAAAUAUGGACGAAAGGCGACUUGGAUCGGCGCCAGCGGAGACCAGACAUUCCUGCGGAUCGAUGAGGCCCUCAUCAACUCCCAUGUUCUCGCCACUUCUGAGAUCUUUGCCAGCAAACACAUCAUAGGCCUGGUGCCCACCUCGGUCUCUGAACCUCCACCGUUCAAAUGCUUGCUCAUCAACAAGAUGGAUGGAAGCUGCCGCACCUUCAAUGAUUCUGAGCAGGAGGACCUGCAGGGCUUUGGCCUGUGUCUCGACCCUGUGUAUGAUGUCAUCUGGAGGUUCUUGCCAGCCUCAAGGGAGAUGUGGUGCUACAAUGCAGUGAUCGCUGAUGCCAGGGUGCCCUCUGCCACAGACCUACAGGCUCGCUGUAGUAUCCUUAGCCCAGAGUUGGCACUCCCGUCUGGAUCACAGGCCACCACUACACGCUCUCAUGGAGCCCUACACAUCUUGGGUUGCCUGGAUACGUUAGCAGCCAUGCAGGAACUGAAGAUGGGUGUAGCCAGCGCAGAGGAAGAGACCCAGGCCGUGAUGAAGGUCUACUCCAAGGAGGACUACAGCGUGGUCAACCGCUUUGAGAGUCAUGGCGGUGGCUGGGGCUACUCAGCUCACUCGGUGGAGGCCAUCCGCUUCUGUGCUGAUGCAGACAUCCUGCUGGGUGGCCUGGGCCUGUUUGGGGGUCGAGGCGAGUACACCGCCAAGAUUAAGCUGUUUGAACUGGGGCCUGAUGGGGGCGACCACGAGACAGACGGUGAUCUGCUGGCUGAGACUGACGUGCUGGCGUACGACUGCGCCGCCAGGGAGAAAUAUGCCAUGAUGUUUGAUGAGCCAGUGUUGCUGCAGCUGGGCUGGUGGUAUGUGGCCUGGGCCAGGGUGUCUGGGCCCAGCAGUGACUGUGGCUCCCACGGGCAGGCUACCAUUACUACUGAUGACGGUGUGGUGUUUCAAUUCAAGAGCUCUAAGAAAUCCAACAACGGCACCGAUGUUAAUGCAGGUCAAAUACCUCAGCUACUGUACAGGCUUCCAUCAAAUGAUGGCAAUGCAUCCAAAGGGAAACAGCAGACUAGCGAGCCGGUCCAUAUCCUGAAACGCUCUUUUGCUCGUACGGUGUCAGUGGAGUGUUUUGAGUCUCUGUUGAGCAUCCUUCACUGGAGCUGGACCACCCUUGUCCUGGGUGUGGAGGAGCUGCGAGGCCUGAAGGGCUUCCAAUACACAGCGACCCUGCUGGACCUGGAGAGACUGCGCUUUGUUGGGACCUGCUGCCUCCGGCUGCUCAGGGUCUACAUCUGUGAGAUCUUCCCCAUCUCUGCCAGCACCAAGGCUGUGGUGGAGGAGUCGAGCAAGCUGGCGGAGUGCGUGGGAAAGACACGCAGCCUGCUGAAGAAGAUCCUGUCAGAAGGCAUGGACAACUGCUUGACCAAGCUGGACAACGACCCCCAGGGUUACUUGUCGCAGCCUCUCACCCUGCUGGAGGCUGUGCUGCAGGAGUGCCACAACACCUUCACCGCCUGCUUCCACUCCUUCUACCCCACACCCGCCUUGCAGUGGGCCUGCCUCUGUGACCUGCUCAACUGCCUGGACCAGGACAUUGCCGAGGCCAACUUUCGCACGUCCAGCAGCCGUCUGCUGGCGGCAGUAAUGUCAGCUCUGUGCAACACCUCAGUUAAACUGACAUCCAUCCUGCCCAUCGCAUAUGAUGGGGAAGUGCUGCUGCGCUCACUGGUCAAACAGGUCAGCACAGAGAAUGACUCUGCCCUUGCUCACCGCUUCCCCCUGCUGGUGGCCCAUAUGGAAAAACUCAGCCACACGGAGGAGAACCUCAUGGGCAUGACCAGUUUUCGGGAGGUUUUGGAAAAGAUGCUGGUAAUUGUGGUUUUGCCAGUGAGGAAGAGUCUGAGGAAGGAGGUGGAGCUCUUCUCGCCACACCUGGUCUCCAACACCUGCGGCCUACUGGCCUCCAUUGUCUCUGAGCUCACUGCGUCUGCUCUGGGCUCUGAGGUGGAUGGGCUGAACUCACUCCACUCGGUGAAAGCGACUCCCAAUCGUUUCACCAAAACAAGCCAGGGCCGCAGUUGGAACACAGGUAAUGGCUCUCCUGAUGCCAUCUGCCUGACAGUGGACAAACCCGGCGUGGUGCUGGUAGGCUUCUGCGUCUACGGAGGAGGGGGCAUCCAUGAGUAUGAGCUGGAAGUGCUUGCUGAUGAUGCCCAGACAGAGCACCCAGGGGACUCGGCGCAUUCCCACAGAUGGACGUCUCUGGAGCUGGUGAAGGGCACCUACAGCACUGAUGAUUCCCCAACUGAUAUCGCUGAGAUUCGCCUAGACAAGGCUGUGCCACUCAAGGAGGGGGUGAAGUACGCUGUCCGCCUACGAAACUAUGGCAGCCGGACCGCCAAUGGGGACGGUGGAAUGACCACAGUACAGUGCUCUGAUGGUGUGUCCUUCACCUUCAGCACCUGCAGCUUGAGUAGCAAUGGGACCAACCAGACCAGAGGACAGAUCCCACAGAUUCUCUACUAUAGGAGCGAAUACGACGGGGACCUCCAAUCACAGCUGCUCAGCAAAGCCAAUGAGGAGGACAAGAACUGCAGCCGAGCUCUCUCUGUGGUCAGCGCUGUGGUCAGAGCUGCUAAGGACCUUCUGCAUAGGGCAUUUGCUGUGGAUGUGGAAGACAUUCCUGAGCUACUAAGCUCAUCCAGCCUGUUCUCCAUGCUGCUGCCCCUUAUCCUGGCUUACAUUGGCCCUGUGGCUGCAUCUGUACCCAAGGCUGCAGUUGAAGUGUUUGGCCUAGUUCAAGAGCUGCUACCUGCCGUCUCUGCCCUCAACCAGAAAUAUGCACCACCCACCUUUAAUCCCAACCAAUCAACAGACAGCACCACAGGAAACCAGCCUGAGCAGGGCCUAUCUGCUUGCACAACAUCCAGCCAUUACUCUGUGAUUGAAAGUGACCAUCCCUACAAGCAAGCUGGAGUCACACAAUACAGGGUAUCUUUCCCAGACUGUGUCCGCUGGACCACUAUUGAGUUUGACCCUCAGUGUGGCACUGCCCAGCCAGAGGAUGUCCUACGCCUGCUCAUUCCCAGCCGCACCCUCCACCUGUCCAGCCUAGGGGGCAAACCCCUGGCCCAUGACACCAUCAACACCUGGACUGAGCUCAAGAAGUUCUCUGGCUCCACAGGCUGGCCGACCACUGUCCUGGUACUGCCAGGAAACGAAGUUCUGUUCUCACUGGAAACAGCAUCUGAUUAUGUGAAAGAUGAGAAGGCCUGUUUCUAUGGCUUCAAGUGUGUGGCUGUUGGGUAUGAAUUCAACCCCGGGCCUGACGAGGGGAUCAUCCAGCUAGAGAAGGAGUUGGCCUAUUUAGGCAGUGUGUGUGCUGCAGCUCUGAUGAAGAAGGAUCUGGCCCUGCCUAUUGGGAAUGAGUUGGAGGAGGAUCUUGAGAUCCUUGAGGAAGCAUCUCUCCAGGUGUGUAAGGCCCACUCAGGGAUCUUAGGAAAGGGUCUGGCUUUGUCUCACUCCCCGACCAUCUUGGAGGCGCUGGAGGGGAAUCUGCCCUUGCACCUCCAAACUAAUGAGCACUCCUUCCUGGAGGAUUUCAUCACCUGUGUACAGAACUCCAGUGGAGGACGUCUGGCGAGGUGGCUGCAGCCAGACUCUUACGCAGACCCCCAGAAGACAUCUCUGAUCCUAAACAAAGAUGACAUACGCUGUGGAUGGCCAACUACCGUUGUUGUACAGACCAAAGACCAGUAUGGAGAUGUGGUGCACGUUCCUAACAUGAAGGUGGAGGUGAAGGCUGUGCCUGUUUCACAGAAGAAGUCUGUGCAGCUGGAGAAUGUGAAGAAGCUACAGCGGCUGCCUGGAAGCUCCUCUCCUUCCACCUCCGGCACUGACUUAACAUUUGGAGGUCUGCCCACACCCAAGCUGGAGGCCACUUAUGAGCCCAUGAUUGUCAAAGAAGCUCGGUACAUUGCUAUCACCAUGAUGAAGGCUUAUGAGAACUACUCCUUUGAAGAGCUGCGCUUUGCUUCCCCAACCCCAAAGAGACCCAGUGAGAACAUGCUGAUUCGUGCCAACACUGAUGGAACCUACAGUGCCAACUGGACUCCAGGAGCAGUAGGCCUCUAUACCAUCCAUGUCACUAUUGAUGGCAUUGAAAUAGAUGCUGGUUUGGAGGUGGAGGUGAAGGACCCUCCCAAAGGCAUGAUCCCACCUGGUACUCAGAUGGUCAAACCAAAAGCUGAGCCUCAGCCUAGCAAGGUCCGCAAAUUUGUGUCCAAGGACAGCGCAGGCCUACGUGUGCGUAGUCACCCGUCCCUGCAGAGUGAACAGAUAGGCAUAGUGCAAGUCAAUGGCACCAUCACUUUCAUUGACGAGAUCCACAAUGAUGAUGGUGUGUGGCUCAGGCUGAAUGAUGAAACUAUAAAGAAGUAUGUUCCCAACAUGAAUGGGUACACUGAAGCCUGGUGCCUCUCUUUUAACCAGCACCUGGCCAGGAGCCUCCUGGUCCCAGCCGACGAGGCCAGGGGCCAGUCGGAGGAGAACGCAAAGGAGGUGAGCAGCCGCCCCUCCCACGAGGCCCCCUUGCGGGAGCAGAGAAGGGCAGGGCAGGGCGGCGGCCCGGGGCUUUAUAAGGUAGUGAAGACCGGCCCCUCUGGUCACAACAUCAGAAGCUGCCCAAACCUUAGGGGUAUCCCCAUUGGAAUGUUAGUUCUUGGGAACAAGGUCAAGGCCAUAGGCGAGGUGGUCAACUCAGAGGGAACCUGGGUGCAGCUGGAUAAGAACAGCGUGGUGGAGUUUUGUGAGAGCGAUGAAGGAGAGGCCUGGUCACUGGCCAGAGACCGCGGGGGAAACCAGUACCUUCGCCACGAUGAUGAACAAGCCUUGCUUGAACAUGGGGCCCAGACCCCACCGCCCAGCCCGUUCUCUGUGCAGGCCUUCAACAGAGCCACAACUUCCAAUGGAGCACAGGGCUUUGACUAUGGCAUCUCCAACAACAAAGGUGACCGGUUGAGUGCCAUACUGAAUUCCAUUCAGUCUGGGCCCUUCCUCCCAGCAGCUCCCUCCUCCUCCUCCGUAUUUGAGCAAGCCGCCCAACCUCCCUCUUCCUCCCUUGUCCACAGUCCAUUUGUGUUUGGACAAUCCCCUUCCCAACUGUCUCAGCCGCAACCACAGCUUCCGAAUGGUUCAUCACGCAGCCUUGCUUCUCGCGAGCGUGUGCACAAAAGCAGUGUGUCCGUGGCUGGGCAUGGUACUGCACUCUCAUCUCUUGCUCUCAGGCAAAAGGGUGAACGAGGGAACGUGUUGUCUGGUGCCCGACCCAUGUCCCCAGCCUCUAAACACCGUCAGGAGAGUCGAUCGCCCAAACAGGAGAAUAGGGGCAGCCGCACAUCAGACCAGAGCAGAAUCAAGGCGAAUGACGGUGGACUCUCUGCCAGUGAAGCCCUGAUCUUGAGGUCGGACACAGCCAAACUGAGGUCUGACUCUCACAGCCGCUCCCACUCUCCCAACCACAACACUCUACAAGCCCUGAAAGCAGACGGACGCACCUCAGGACUUAGGGCUGAGUCCCCAAACCCUAGCUCUCGUUCCUCCUCUCCCAAACAGAAAGGCCUGAGCUCCACUUCAGGCAGGUCGAGUCCCUCCAGCACCUCUUCCCAGUACUCUUCUUCAACCCACCAUGACAAGAACCUCCCACCUAAAGUCAGCCCAUCCUCUAAGGCCCGGCUGGAGCCUCCCAGAGAGAGGUCCAAGUCAGACUCGUACACCCUGGACCCAGACACACUCAGAAAGAAGAAGGUUCCACUUACAGAACCUCUCAGAGGCAGGUCUACCUCCCCUAAACCCAAACUGUCUCCUAAAGAUCCAAACAAAGAAGCGAUAAGUAAUGCAGAGAACCGUGCUCCCUCUCCACAUGUGACCCAAGAGAAUCUCCACAGUGAAGUGGUGGAAGUGUGUACCUCUAGUGCUCUCCUCUCCAACGAGGAAGCCAACGAUGAGAAUGUGGAGGUGCGUAAUGCUGAAGAGGGUUCAUCUAAGGUACACUUUAGCAUCGGCAAAGCCCCUGUUAAAGAGGAGUUAGAGAGCCGCUCCUCACCCAAGGUCAGCCGCAAGACCUCCAGUCGCCAUGUUCGCCCUAAGAAGGACAAAUCUGGGCCUCUGUUUAAAGGUGAGAGCACAUCAAGGCUCACAGAGCCUGCCAAGCAGGCCAUGUCACCCUCAGUGGCUGAAUGUGCCCGGGCAGUCUUUGCUGCGUUCCUAUGGCAUGAGGGCAUUGUCCACGAUGCAAUGGCCUGUUCCUCCUUUCUAAAGUUUAACCCAGACUUAACUAAAGAGCAUGCACCCAUCCGUAGCUCUCUGGGGGGACAAGGUGCUGAGGAGAAGGAGAGCAAGUUAAAGAACCGCCACUCCCUAGAGAUUUCCUCUGCACUGAACAUGUUUAAUAUUGCUCCACAUGGCCCAGACAUCUCCAAAAUGGGCAGCAUCAACAAGAACAAGGUGCUCUCCAUGUUGAAGGAGCCUCCACUGCCAGAGAAAUGUGAGGAUGGGAAAGGAGAAGCCAUGUCCUACGAGAUGACCUCUCACCCCUCUAUGAGGGCCAAGUCAAUCUUGCCCUUAACCUUACAGCAUCUGGUGGCUUUCUGGGAGGACAUUUCCAUGGCUACCAUCAAGGCAGCCACUCAGAACAUGAUCUUCCCCAGCCCAGGUUCCAGUGCCAUCUUGAAAAAGAAGGAGCAUGAGAAGGACAGUAAAAAGUCAAAGAAGGAGAAAAAGAAGAGGGAGAAGACAGAGGUGCGUCCCAGAGGGAAUCUGUUUGGGGAGAUGGCACAGCUUGCAAUGGGUGGACCUGAAAAAGACACUAUUUGCGAGCUGUGUGGAGAGUCUCACCCAUAUCCUGUCACCUACCACAUGAGACAGGCUCACCCAGGCUGUGGUCGCUAUGCUGGAGGUCAAGGCUACAACAGCAUCGGCCACUUCUGUGGUGGUUGGGCAGGAAAUUGUGGAGAUGGAGGCAUAGGAGGCAGCACCUGGUACUUGGUGUGUGAUCGCUGCCGAGAGAAAUACCUGAGAGAGAAACAGACUGCUGCAAGGGAAAAGGUGAAGCAGUCCAGGAAGAAACCUCUGCAGGUGAAGACCCCAAGAGCACUGCCCACUAUGGAGGCUCACCAAGUGAUCCGGGCCAAUGCUUUGUUCCUGCUGUCUCUAAGCAGUGCUGCCGAGCCCAGCAUGCUGUGCCACCACCCUCCCCGGCCCCUGCAUUCCCAGCUCCCCAGCCUUAAGGAAGGCGUCUCGGACGAACUCCCCAAUAAAAUGGGCUGCCUCUACCUGCAGACUCUGGCCAGGCAACACACAGAGAACUUUGGUGGCUACCAAGAUGACAACCUCUUUCAAGAUGAGAUGAGAUACCUGCGCUCCACAUCUGUUCCUGCCCCUUACAUUUCAGUCACCCCUGAUGCCUGUCCCAAUGUGUUUGAGGAACCAGAAAGCAACAUGAAAUCAAUGCCCCCCAGUUUGGAGACCAGUCCAAUCACAGACAGUGACACCGCUAAGCGCACAGUGUUCCAGAGGUCUUACUCAGUCGUUGCCUCUGAGUAUGACAAGCAGCACUCAGCCUCUCCAGCACGGGUCAAAGCCGUGCCAAGACGCAGGGUCCACAGCGGUGAUGCAGAGGUGGGCUCUUCGUUGCUGCGCCACCCCUCUCCAGAGCUGUCCCGGCUGAUCUCAGCCCAUGGCUCCCUCAGUAAAGGGGAGAGGAACUUCCAGUGGCCAGUUCUGGCUUUUGUUAUCCAGCACCACGACCUGGAGGGCCUGGAGGUGGCCAUGAAACACGCUUUGAGGAAGUCCGCCUGCAGGGUGUUCGCCAUGGAGGCAUUCAACUGGCUGCUGUGCAAUGUGAUCCAGACAACGUCACUGCAUGAUAUCCUUUGGCAUUUUGUAGCAUCUCUCACCCCAUCACCCUUCGAACCUGAGGAGGAGGAAGAGGAUGAAAACAAAGGGAACAAAGAAAAUGUGGAACAGGAAAGAGACCUUGGUGUGUGUGAACACCCCUUGUCAGACAUUGUUAUUGCUGGGGAGGCAGCCCAUCCUCUCCCCCACACUUUCCACCGCCUCCUGCAGACCAUCUCUGACCUCAUGAUGUCACUUCCCAGUGGUAGCUCCCUUCAGCAGAUGGCCCUGAGGUGCUGGAGUCUCAAGUUCAAGCAGUCCGACCACCAGUUCCUUCACCAGAGCAACGUUUUCCAUCACAUCAACAAUAUCCUGUCUAAGUCUGAUGAUGGAGACAGUGAAGAAAGCUUCAACAUCAGUGUGCAGUCAGGCUAUGAAGCAAUCAGCCAGGAUCUCUGCCUGGUGACUUGUCUGAAGGACCUGACCAGUGUAGUGGACAUCAAGACGUCCAGUCGCCCUGCCAUGAUCGGCAGCCUGACAGAUGGUUCCACAGAGACCUUCUGGGAGUCUGGAGACGAGGACAAGAACAAGACCAAGAGCAUUACCAUCAGUUGUGUUAAAGGCAUCAACGCCUCCUACGUGUCAGUUCAUGUUGACAACUCCAGAGACAUUGGGAACAAAGUCACAUCAAUGACGUUCCUGUGUGGAAAAGCAAUCGAGGACCUCUGCAGAAUCAAACAGGUUGACCUAGACUCGCGUCACAUGGGCUGGGUGACAAGUGAGCUUCCUGGAGGGGAUCAUCAUGUGAUCAAGGUGGAACUGAAGGGUCCAGAGAACACCCUGAGGGUGCGGCAGGUGAAGGUUCUGGGCUGGAAGGAGGGUGAGAGCAUCAAGAUCGCAGGCCAGAUCUCAGCCAGCAUGGCCCAGCAAAAGAACUGUGAGGCCGAGACGCUCCGAGUUUUCCGUCUCAUCACCUCACAGGUGUUUGGAAAGCUGAUCUGUGGGGAUGCAGAGCCAACUCCAGAGCAGGAGGAGAAGAACCUGCUUUCAUCACCGGAGGGAGAGGACAAGGCACCGUCUGACGCAGACCUUAAAGAGCACAUGGUCGGAAUCAUUUUCAGCAGGAGCAAACUGACCAACUUACAGAAACAGGUGUGUGCACACAUUGUCCAGGCCAUCCGUAUGGAGGCCACACGUGUGAGGGAGGAGUGGGAACAUGCCAUAUCCAGCAAAGAGAAUGCCAACUCCCAGCCCAGCGACGAUGAUGCCUCCUCAGAUGCGUACUGCUUUGAACUCCUGUCCAUGGUCCUGGCUCUGAGUGGCUCUAACGUUGGCCGCCAGUACCUGGCUCAGCAGCUCACACUCAUGCAGGAUCUGUUUUCUUUGCUGCACACUGCUUCACCACGAGUACAGAGACAGGUGACGUCGCUGCUCAGACGCGUCCUCCCAGAGGUGACCCCUGUGCGACUUGCCAGCAUCAUUGGCGUGAAAGCUCUGCCACCAGCAGACAUCAGUGACAUCAUCCACUCCACGGAGAAGGGUGACUGGAACAAGCUCGGCAUCCUGGACAUGUUCUUAGGCUGCAUCGCUAAGGCCCUCACUGUUCAGCUGAAAGCCAAAGGGACCACCAUCUCUGGCACGGCCGGCAUGGCUGCAGGCAAGGGGGUCACAACUGUCACGCUGCCCAUGAUCUUCAACUCCAGCUACAUCCGCAGAGGGGAGAGCCACUGGUGGAUGAAAGGCUCCACUCCACCUCAGAUUGCAGAGAUCAUCAUAAAGCUGGUGAAAGACAUGGCAGCUGGCCACCUCUCAGAUGCCUGGUCCAGAGUCACCAAAAAUGCAAUUGCUGAGACCAUCAUUGCUCUGACCAAAAUGGAGGAGGAACACCGGUCUCCUGUACGCUGUAUUGCCACCACCAGGUUAUGGCUGGCCCUCGCUUCGCUGUGUGUACUGGACCAGGACCAUGUCGACAGGCUGUCCUCUGGUCGCUGGAUGGGCAAGGACGGACAGCAGAAGCAGAUGCCCAUGUGUGACAACCAUGACGAUGGCGAGACAGCAGCCAUCAUCCUGUGUAACAUGUGUGGCAACCUCUGCACCGACUGCGACCGCUUCCUCCACCUGCACCGGCGCACACGCUCUCACCAGAGACAGGUGUUCAAAGAAGAGGAGGAGGCCAUCAAGGUGGACCUCCAUGAAGGCUGUGGGAGGACCAAGCUCUUUUGGCUGAUGGCUCUGGCUGACUCAAAGACCAUGAAGGCUAUGGUGGAGUUCAGAGAGCACACAGGUAAACCAGCAUCCAGCAGCUCAGAUGCCUGCAGGUUCUGUGGUACGAGGAACGGGACUGAGCUCUCCGCGGUGGGCAGCGUCUGCUCAGACCCGGACUGCCAGGAGUACGCCAAGCUGGCAUGCAGUAAGACCCAUCCUUGUGGGCACCCUUGUGGUGGGGUUAAGAAUGAGGAAAGCUGUCUGCCAUGUCUCCACGGUUGUGACAAGAGCACUGGCUGUCUGAAGCAGGAUGCAGAUGACAUGUGUAUGAUCUGCUUUACUGAAGCGCUCUCUGCUGCUCCGGCAGUACAGUUGGACUGCAGUCAUGUGUUCCACCUUCAGUGCACACGCCGGGUUCUUGAAAACCGCUGGUUAGGGCCCCGGAUCACCUUUGGUUUCAUGUCAUGCCCCAUUUGCAAGAACAAAAUCAAUCACUCAGUGAUCAAGGAUCUGCUGGACCCCAUUAAGGAGCUGUAUGAGGAUGUGAGGAGAAAGGCUCUGAUGAGGCUGGAGUAUGAGGGCCUCCAUAAGAGUGAGGCGAUCACCACUCCAGGAGCACGCUUCCACAACGACCCUGCAGGCUUUGCCAUGAAUAGAUAUGCAUACUAUGUCUGCUACAAGUGCAAGAAGGCCUACUUUGGGGGAGAGGCACGCUGCGAUGCAGAGGCAGGACAGGGAGACGACUACGACCCCAGUGAGCUGAUCUGUGGAGCAUGCUCCGAUGUCUCCAGGGCUCAGAUGUGCUCCAAGCAUGGCACGGACUUCCUAGAGUACAAAUGCCGGUACUGCUGCUCGGUGGCUGUUUUCUUCUGCUUUGGCACCACACACUUCUGCAACGCCUGCCACGACGACUUCCAGAGGAUGACGAGCGUCCCCAAGGAGGAGCUGCCUCACUGUCCUGCAGGGCCCAAAGGCAAGCAGCUGGAGGGUACUGAGUGCCCUCUGCAUGUGGUUCAUCCACCAACGGGGGAGGAAUUCGCCUUGGGCUGCGGAGUGUGCCGGAACGCGCACACCUUCUAGUCAUCAAGAGACCCCAUACUGAAAACCUGUUCAUCUACUGUGAUUUCUGGCUGUUGCUGAAGCUCAGCCUCAAAGCUCGGCUCUUGUGUUGUCAGAAUCCCCCUGGACACGGGACCAGGUUUCUACCGUAGCCAAGAGUCCUCAGGCACACUCUUCUACCAACACGAGUGUCCAGGCUCUGCUACAAACGUGUAUAAGAGUCGAGGCUCCUUUGGAUUCAGAGGAAACUGAAUGAAAAAAGAAAAAUUAAAAUAAAAAAACCUUGUGACGUGUUUGCAUGCGGCCGUUGUAUCCCCUCGGCUUCCAUAGACGUUGCACACCUCCUGAUCACUGAAGUGUAACAAUAUAUUGAAGAUUAAACAUUGAAUAUGAAAUAAAUUUGCUUAAGGCAACUGUGGAUGAACGUGGAUUAAAAAAAAAAACAAAAAAAACAAAGAGACAGGCCGUAUUUCCAGCUUCCUAACUAUGAAUUUAAAAUAUUGUUGUAUGUAAACUGACUUUUUUUCGUAAUCCUGUACAGUAUUCUCCACUGUCAAGUGCAUCGUGGGUUGAUGGACAAAAAAAAAAAAAAAAAGAUGAGUUGGUGAAUAAGACUGUUAAGAAUGUCAUGUCUGGGAGGAAAAUAGUGUACGAUUUAUCUAAUCUUGUAUAUAAUGAUAGUAUCCAAAAUAGCUGUAUUCCGAAGUUGCUACUCUUCACUUCAGUUUCGUUUGAUAUUCUGGGUUAUGUUUUGAGCCAGAACUUUUAAUGAAGUGCAAUACUGGGUGUGCCUCCUAUCUUGCAGCUGUUUAACCUAUGGAAUGUAUGUCAAUAAAGCCACUGUACAUUUUUAUACAGUAGACACCGUUGUAUCCCCCUCCCCUUCAAAAUGUCAGAUCACUUCUGUCGUCUGGAAAUGAUGAGGACCCUGGCGCCUGCAGUGAAUGAUAAUGGAUGUGAAUCCCAUUUUCAGCUCUGUCAAAAAAAAGGAAAAAAAAAAGAGAAGUAGUACCAAACCCUUCCACGAUAAUAAUAGAAAAAAAUAUGUCACAGUGAGACUGAUAUCAAGGAGUGAUUUCUGAACGUUUUGAGGGCCAGUCUUCACACCAAAUAUUGAAAUAAUUGUAAAUCUGUAAUGCUUUCCCUAGUAGGAGGCAGGGGGGAUUGGGGGUUUGGGGAAGGGAGUGUGACAAAAACAGCUGCUGUUAUAUAUAUUAAAAAAAAAAAAAGCUUAAUACUUGUGAAUCUGCUCUGUAAUAUCUGUGGUGGAUGGAGUUGAAUGGUAAUAAACCAGGUUCUCUGUUUCGCAAA